UAGUUCAGUCGAAUUUAUACCGAUCGCCAUGAAAUACUUUGCCAUUUGCGCCCUCCUCAUCCUGCCGCUGGUCAGCGGUGGAUUCGUGCCACCCACCAGGCACUUUGUGGCCUACGAGAUCCAGUCCACCCACAAGUUACCCCAGAUGGAAGCCAUCGUCCAGAAGAUGCAGGCCAUGCUCCAGAACAUGAUUCCGGAUAUGUCCGUCCUGGCCGACGCUGUCGCCGUUCCCGACAUGUCCGUCCAGGCUGACGCUGGUGUGCUGCCCGAUAUGUCGGUGGCCACUGACGCCGAUCCGACCCCCAGAAGGCGUUCCGCCGAGUUCAAGGUCGCCCCAAUCGCCAAGGUUGCCGCCCCCAAGCUUGCCCAGAUCCCCGAUAUGUCCGUUCAGGCUGACGUUGGCUUGAUCCCAGACAUGUCCGUGGCCACCGAUGCUGAUAACACCCCCAAGCGGGCCUCCUUUGGUCUGAAGAAGCCACUAUUGGACAGGAUCGCCGGCGCCAUUGCCAGCAUCGAUGCCGAUCUGAUUCCCGAUAUUUCCGUUGCCUCCGAUGCGGAUGAGACCCCCAGGAAGGCCGUCGCUGGUCUGAAGGCCCUGCCACAGUUUACCAAGGUCUCCGGAGCCGAGCCCGUGGAGCCCAAGACCCAUGCCGUUGCCGAUUUGACCCCCAUGAAGGCUUUUGCCGGUCUCAAGACCCUGCCCCAGUUGACCAAGGUCUCCGGAGCAGAACCCGUGGAGUUCAAAGCCCAAGCUGAUGCCGAUCUGAUUCCCGACAUUUCUGUAGCUUCCGAGGGUGAGGAUAAGGCCGCCAAGCAGCUGCCCGAUAUAUCCGUGGCCAGCGACGCCGAUUUCGAUCCCAAGAAGACCCUGGCUUCUCUUUUGGCCAAGCUCCACUAACUGAGUCACGAAUCUAACUAGUUGUGCCGUUUUGCAUUGUGUAGGCUUUAU